UUUGUUAGAGAAUAUUAAUGAAAGUUAUUAUAAACUGUUUAUGAUUUUCGCUGCGUUUUUACACUUAUCCAAAAUCAGAGGCGUCAGGACGCUCGCGCACACACACACGCGCGCAGAACAUUGCACGAGGCUGCAGCCUGAGUUCAUAUGGCUCGUGCGCUCAUGGAGAGCUGAUGUGUGGCGCGCGCGUCCAAACGCUCCUGACGCUCUGAGAGUCUCUCACAUUUCAGGAAGUGUCGGAAGUCCUCAGCUGCCGUCUGUCUGCCGCCGCUGCUCUAUAUUAUGGUCGUGCAGCCGUGAUCCGCGUGGAACAUCCGUGUGGAUUUCCGUCGGGCACCAUGUCCACCCGGUACAGCCCGAAGUGUGCGCUCCUGCCCGCGGUCUGCGCGCAUGUUGUGUCCGUGCUGACUGUCUGCUGCGCCGGGAGGCUGUUUACAGCUGCUGCCUAUCCGAGCCAACACGACACACUAAACACGCUGGAGCAUUAUGACGUAAUUGAACCACACCUGCUCAUUGGAGGACAGCAGAGGCCGGUUAGUCUCAUCAAGUCACUGGGUCAUCCUGAAUCACUGAAGGUGUCGAUUGAAGUGGACGGUAAACAACUGCUACUUGCUUUACAGAAAAAUGAAGGGUUGUUUGCUAGUCACUACACAGAAACACACUACCUGGAGGAUGGAAGUGCCGUCACCACCAUACCCAAUGUCACGAUUCACUGCUAUUAUCAUGGUGAGGUGGAGGGACACCUGGGGUCAGAGGUCAGCCUCAGCACCUGCACAGGACUCAGGGGACUGAUUUCACUUGAACAUGAAGUAUAUGUACUGGAGCCCAUGCAGGAGGGAAACACACAUCAUCUUUACAGAGGAGAACAUCUUAAAUUCACCCAGGGAACCUGUGGACAUGGUCACAAUAUUUCAUACCCCACAGAGAUGGCAAACACUACAGGAAACGUCUUCAGCUCUCACAGCAGAAGGCAUAAAAGAGACGCCCAGAGCAGCACCAAACAUGUGGAGCUGAUCAUCGUCGCAGACAACCGUGAGUAUCAGAAACAGGGGAAAGACGUGGAGAAAGUGAAACAGAGGCUUGCUGAAAUAGCCAACUAUGUGGACAAGUUUUACAGAUCACUGAAUAUCCGUGUGGCUCUGGUGGGGCUGGAGGUGUGGAGUGACGGAGACAAAUGCUCCAUCACACAGGAUCCGUUCACAUCGCUCCACGAGUUCCUGGACUGGAGAAAACUCAAGCUGCUCCCGCAGAGACCCCACGAUAAUGCUCAGCUGAUCAGUGGGGUUUACUUUCAGGGAACCACCAUCGGCAUGGCUCCCAUUAUGAGCAUGUGCACUGCGGAACAGUCAGGGGGCAUCGUCAUGGAUCACUCUGAUAAUCCCCUCGGCGCUGCGGUUACUUUGGCCCAUGAGCUGGGACACAACUUUGGCAUGAACCAUGACACGCCGGAGCGCGGGUGUGGCUGCAGAGCGACUGUGGACCGAGGCGGGUGUAUCAUGACCCCCUCUACUGGGUACCCUUUCCCUACAGUCUUCAGUACAUGCAGCAAGAAGGAUCUAGCGGCGAGCUUGGAGAAAGGCGUGGGCAUGUGUUUGUUCAACAUGCCGGAGGUGAAAGUGCUCUACGGAGGCCAGAAAUGUGGAAACGGAUACGUCGAGGAGGGAGAGCAGUGCGACUGUGGAGAUGUGGAGGAGUGUCUGAAUCCCUGCUGUAAUGCCAGCACAUGCACACUGAAGGAGGAGGCCGUGUGUGCGCAUGGACAAUGCUGUGAAAACUGUCAGUUGAAACCUGCAGGGACUCCGUGCCGUGAAUCCAGUAACUCCUGUGACCUGCCGGAGUUUUGCACAGGCGCCGACCCUCAGUGCCCUGCUAAUGUCUACCUGCAUGACGGACACACCUGCCAGGGUGUAGAUGGACAUUGUUACAACGGCAUCUGCCAAACACACGAGCAGCAGUGCAUCACGCUCUGGGGACAGGGUGCAAAACCAGCUCCAGGAAUCUGUUUUGAAAGAGUCAACUCGGCUGGAGAUCCGUAUGGAAACUGUGGAAAAGAUGCAAAGGGGUCAUUUGCCAAAUGUGAAGCACGAGAUGCUAAAUGUGGGAAGAUCCAGUGUCAGGGCGGAGCCAACCGGCCGGUGAUCGGCACCAAUGCCGUCUCCAUAGAAACCAACAUCCCACUCCAGGAGGGAGGGCGUAUCCUCUGCCGUGGGACUCAUGUGUACCUGGGAGACGACAUGCCGGAUCCGGGCCUUGUGCUCACCGGCACCAAAUGUGGAGAAAACAUGAUGUGCAUAAACAGACAGUGUCAAAACAUCAGUGUGCUCGGGGUUCACCACUGUUCGGCCAAGUGCAGCGGACAUGGGGUUUGUAAUAACAAUAAGAACUGUCACUGUGAGGCGCUGUGGGCUCCUCCGUUCUGUGAUAAAGCUGGAUUUGGAGGCAGCAUGGACAGCGGCCCGAUGAGACCGACAGACAGCAGCAGUGUGACGGUGGGCAUCCUGGUGGCGUUUCUGUGUCUGCUGUGUGUUGGAAUAAUCGCCUGCAUUAAGAGGAAAACUCUGCUCAGUCUGUUCUUCAGCAAUAAGAAGAACACCAUUGAAAAACUGAGGUCUGUGGGACCCAACAGGAUGAACAGUCCAGCUCACACACUUUCAUCCGCUCACACUCAAACACACUCCAUGUACAGAACGUCUCCUCAACGUCAGACUACAGCUUUACCACAAAGUGCCAGCAUAUAUAAGCCUCAGUCUCCUCUCCAGACGGUGGAUUCUGUGGUCCCAUCUCAUGGUCUCCGCCGACUGCCCCAGUGCCCUCCGGUCCACCUCUCUCACCCGCUGCCGCUGACGCCACCACACACAUACACACACACGUCUCCACCCAGAGCCCCCCCACCAGCACUCACAGCGGGAGCGGCUGUCCGCGGCCUGGCCUGCCAGAACGUCUGCAAGAUCGCCAUGGCAUUCGAGAAGCCCAGUCCACCCCAGAAGCCUCUUCCCGCUGACCCACUGGGUCGAAAUGUCCGGGUGAUGCGUAACCCAUCCGCCGUCCGACUUCCAGCUCCUAUCCCGACCCCGGCCGCCCCCCGACCUGCUCCGCCUCACCCACAGCCCUGCAGGCCUCCUCCUAAACAGCCGCCCACCUUGCCGAAGCCUCACUUCACAGCCGGAGUGAAGUUCAGCAGCUGAGAGCCGGACCGAAGGGAUUUCGUCCCUGGAGACACUCGCUUUUUGCACUAUGAACCUCUGUGGGACACGUCGUGUGUCAGAGUCCUGAUGUUAGGGGUGACCUUUGACCCCCGCGGUGCUCUCCCUCUAAACGGUGCUAUGAGUCCAAGCUCAGGUACAUGUCACGCGUUAUUUAUGUCGGUUACGAGCGUAUUUAUUUGAGCACAGUGCACUGUGGUUGACACUUUCUCAAUCGUAGCAAUCGGUGGUUCGCCCACGUUUACCUGAUGUUCCUUUUGUUGUUGUUGCUAUUGUUGUUGUUUUGACCUUUUUCGACUGUGUACCAGCAGAGAAAAGAGAAGACGUGUUAUAUCUGUGAACACGAACCACAUCGUGUGGACGCUAAACUGGAUUGAAACCAGAUUUAAAUGGAAACGUGAAUUGGGAGUUGUGCUUUGCUAAUGGUUCUGAGUCUGUGAUGUCAUUUGGUAUAUGAAAAGGGCUUUUUAACAAUUUAAUAUGAUUUAAUAGCCAUUUUUAUUAUAUAUUUCAGACAUGAUUAAACCUGAAUUAGGAUUGCAGUCAUACUUAAGGGAUGUUGAUGGAACAUACAUUUGAUCUCACUAAAACAUGUCCGGGUCACAUUUCACCCCAAAGUAAAAGAAAAAAAUAACUAAAUUAAAGGUUAGUUUUGAGUGAACUAACCCUUUAAAUUUAGCAUAAAGAAAAAUAGCUAUUUUAAAAAAGUUUUUUUUUUCCAUUGACAUUUUUUUUCAAGUAUUUUCCCCCUUAUAUUCUCAUGACUGUAAUACAUCUGAAUAUUUUCAUUAUUUGUUUUUUAUUUGAAUUAUUAUCUAUGUAUUAUUACUGAUAUACAUUCAUUAUUAGUGCAUUAAAAAAUACUGUAUAUCAGGAAUGAGAAUCAUAAUAGAUAAUUAGAAUUGAAAACAAAAUAUUCAAAUUAGUUGUUUUUUUGUAUUUAAAUCAGAACAAAGCAGUAAAACUAAUACUAUCAACAACAAAAAAACUACCAUGAUAUAUAAAUAUUAGUUUAUAUAUAUAUGCAUUAAUUGGAAUUUGAGCGGAAAUGACAAUUGUCAUGGAAACUUAACGUUCUUAAUACAGAGCUUCAUUUUCUUUUCAAGUCAUCUUUGUUUUUAUAGAGCUUUAUACAGUAGAAAUUGUUUCAAAGCAGCUUCACAGUAAUAUAAGGAAAGUAACAGAAUUAAAGAUGCAAACUUCAUCAAAUAGAUAGAUUCAAAUUCUGUCUUUACUAGUCUCUGAAUUUAUUCAUGCUAAAAAAAUCCAAUAUAUAAAUAUUUUUAUGCUAAAUUAAAAAAAUCUGGAAAAUUAUCGGGGCAGGAUGAUGCUCAUUACUGUAUUGCAGUAAUGAGAAGUUGGUUGGAAAAUGUGCUUAAAAUAUCUCAGUUCAAACAAUCAUAAGGGUCCUUAAAACAGGCUUCAUUGUUAUAAAAAAAAAAAAAAAAAAACUCUUGAUUAUUCCUUUUGAUUUUGAGGUGAAAUAUGAGCUGGACGUGCACAGAGGGGUUUAUAGUACUGUGCAGCUGAAUAAUGUUCUGAAUUCACUCCAUUUCAUAUGUCUAAAUGAGUGAAAUGAACACAUUAUACGCACCAAGCCCAGCUUUUGUUGAUUUCAAAGCAUUGUAAGAAAGAUGUUGUAAUGCAGUUGUGUUCAGAUAGACAGUUCACUCAGGAGAUCCCAGCUUUGAGACCCGCAUGUGCUUACUGGAAAUAUCUGAGAGACAGAAAGCCAAGCCCUGAUUUCAUGGCCAUAUGUUCAUAUAUGUUCUUUGAAAAACAGUUAUUGUGGGAAAUGAUGAAAUGAAUUACAUUUGUACUAUUAAGGACUUUCGAUCUUGUCGACCUAAAUAAUGUUGCCGCAUGGAGCAUUAUAACUGGAUUGUGGUUAAUGAAAACAGACAUAUGAAUCCUUCUCUAAAUAUUCCCAAGAUCCCUUUGGUCUCCCUCAAACACGCUGCGGUCAGUGGGUUUGUGUCACUGGCAAAGUUUCAUGGCGAUUUGUCAGAGUGAAUGAAAACACUGCACUACAAGAAUAGGAUGUGCACAAAAGAUUUAAAAAUAGGGGUUUAGGAGUGAUUAUGGUCAUGAAUUACUGUCAAUGGGGUCAAAAUUACAACCAAGUUCAAACUGGCUUUGGCGAGUAAAUACUUUUCUGGUAACUUUUUGAGAAACCACAACAUCAUAAAUGUUUUAUUUGAAUAGGAAGAAUGAUAGUCUGAUGAAAAAGAUGUGAACAAGACAUGCAAUCAUCGUUCAUGACUCUGUUUUUGGGUUUUGAUGUUUAACCGAGAGUUUGAGACUCAAAAAUAUACACUCUGAUGUUCAAAAGUUUGGGGUUAGUAAGAUUUGUCUCUUACUGACCCCAAAAUGUUGAAUAGUCAUGUACUUUAAUUAGAAAUAAUAGUUUGAAAGGCUGGAAAUAAAUAAAUGUUGGUUAAAUUUUACCCUCCAUUGGCAGGUGAGGUAAAAAAUUGAUGUUUGGCACUGAAACUUCAGUAUUUGUCGCCACUGAGCCAUUUGUGAUCUCAAACGUGGGUCUUUUAGGCCUGUAUACUGGACACCUUAUGAGUGCCAUUAUUUCUCAUUGUUUACAUUGUAAAUUCAUCUUCAUUCACUGUACAUCUGAAGUGUCCUGUUGCCUUUUACAGUGUUAAACCACACAGUGCAUUACAGUAGAGACUGUUCAGAUCUAGACGCUGACUGAUUAUAUACGAUGAUCACGUGUCUCUAGGUUAACUGCCUUGCUUGUUUUAAUCACAGUUAUCAUUUACUAUUAUUCAAUCAUGUUGUAUCCGCACUCAGUACAUCUACUCAUGUAACGUUCUUUUUAUUCAGUGUCACGGGUGUAAACUGCUUUUUUUUAAAUGAUAAAUCUUCAAUUAAUCAAGAAAUGUGAAAUAAGAUACUGUACGUUGAUGUCUGCAACACAAAUAAUGGUCGGCAUAAAGGGCAGCGCUAGUAAAGUUGUUUAUGAAA